ACGAAAGUAGUGCGAGGGUAAAAUUGCUAGAUCGUCACACUCAGCGUCUUAUAUUUAUCCGAUUUCCGACCCCAAAACUGUCUCCUGCACCCCGAUGACGAGAUUCAAUUAUGGCUAUCGUCGGCAUCGUUAAUUCCUGACGUACUAUGGUAUUAGCUAAUCGUCGAAAACCGGUAAAUACGAGAAUCUGGCAACGGUGUGCGAGGGUCAGUGACGAGGGUAAUGGCGGACCAUGACAACACUCCGCUCUGUUUACCUCCUCCAGGACUGUGAUGACCGCCUUCUUAGCAUGGAACAGUGAUAUUAAAAGCAACCAUCAAGAUGAGUGGCAGAUACAGCAGGACGUACAGCCGGAAGAAAGCGGCUCCUCCUCCCAUUAGCCAGUUUGACAAAUUGGUGACGGACCCAGGCAGCAGCAACAGCACCAAGCCAUCGGCCACCAAGACAGCUGGCCACAUUGGCAAGUGGGGCAUCACCUCCUUCACAUCCCUGCGCAGCAUCAAUGGACUUGCUGGGAAAGAGGACACAAACAAACGAUUUCUUGAGGAUUCACCACCUUCAACAAUUGGUGACAGUGCCUACAGUUUUGACGGUGGGAAUCCUGCCAAUGGAGCUUCCCUUCAGGUGAAGCCUCCCAUCAAGACUUUCAGCAGACCAAGGAAGUUCUUCAAGUCCAGGAAUACAGAGGAGAUUCCUGAGGUCUCCAAGUCAAGUGUUGACAAAUUACCGGGGAAGACAAGUGAUGGCGUGUAUGGUGUGAAGGCCCCUCCUCUGGCUCCCUUUGAGAUACCAGACUCUAAUCAGGGGAGCCAGAGUGACCUUGGGCCAGCAAAGGGGAGUGCUGAGGCUGUGAGGGACAAUGUGUUCGACAAGCUUGUUACCGGCUCCUCAACCAAUAAGUCCAACAAUUCUGAAACAGUGACCACUUCAAGGUCAGGUAGUGGUAUUAAGUUAAAGAUCUUUAAGAGCAGAAAUGUGGCCUCGUGUUCUCAGGAAACCUAUUCAAGUACCGUAGAAUUGCCCAGUGAUGACUCUCACGCAGGCAGUGCCUCUACUAGCGUUGCCAGUUCUCCUUCCACUAAAGAUUUAAGUGAAGAAAACAGAGACUCUUCAGAGGAGCUUGCCCCCGCUGUCUCCCCACAGACUGAGUACAAAGACUUACAAGUCACUCUGCCAACUGUUUCAUCAGGGGUAACCAGUUACAGUUCUUCAGACAAAGACACACUGAGUAGGACAUUAAAUGAAACUCUAGAGUCUUCUUUUGAAUAUAACGAGAUCGUUGACCAGAGAACUGGCUUGCCGAUAGGCAUGUGUAAUGAGAAUCGGUUUAGAGUAUCAGGGAACAGAUCAAACAGUGAGACACCACAGUGUGAUGCCAAGGAAAUAGACGACUCCAAAUUUUCAAAAUCUGGUGAAUUGAACAAGUUUAUCAGAAAAAAAUUAUUAUCAACAUCUGAAAUAGACACUCAGCAAAGUGAGUUACCCAGUGAAAUCUGUGAUGCCGCAAUGCCUGAUUAUGAUGUGUUAAGUAUGGGAACGAGUGAUUUUGUGCAGCCACAGAAAACGCCGCCCAUGGAACGGGGCGGCAGCCCAUGCGUGUCCUCAAGUGCUGGUGAUGGAGAGAGUGAUAACUUUAAUCUCUUCGGCACAGACUUUGAUGAAAAUGAAAUUGUGGAUCGUACAAAUAUUGACUGUUCCAUUCCCGGAGAGCUUCCCUUCAAGGACGAGGGCAGCAUGGGAGACACGCAGGAAAUGGAGGACUUGUUAUUCUCAACUCAGGGUUCACUUGUCUCUUCACAUUCAUCUGGGGCAGCUAGCUAUGAGUCUUACAAGCUGGGCCAGCAGUCGAAGUCAGAGACGGAAGGCAUAAAAAAGCCUGGCCUGCCGCUUGUCAAGAAAAGGAGCAUCUUCAAGAGCAGGGACGCUGAUAGGGAUGCCAAGAAGAGGGCCACUUACACGCACAAGUGGCACAGCCAUGAAGAGAAGGAAGACAGUUCCAAGCAGCUCAUGCCCGUGCAGCAGACUGCUCAGAGCGCAUCAGCAGGAAGCUCAGCGUUUGAUGAUUUUGACUUUGAACCAACAUCAUUGAAGAGAGUUCACACGUGGCCCAGCUCCUCCACAGACCUUGAUGACUCCACAGACAACCAGUCUGUGACAAGCGUCAAGUGUGCUAAGAGUGCAAAGCAGUAUUAUACUGUGGUGAAGAAUGUCAAGAAGACCCACCAGCUUCAGGAGUCUGGGGAGUUCCAAGAGUUCAAUGAUGAUGUGGAAUACUUCCUGGAUGCCCUGCGCUCCUCCUACGCCGUAUCCACACGUUGCCUGGCGGCCAUCAACCUGGCGCAGAAGUGCAUGGUGCCCUCCUUCAGGAUGCACCUCCGGGCUCAUGGAACAGUCAUCAAGUUCUUCAGUGCCCUCUCUGAUGCUCACUCAGACAAUAGGCUGGCGAUCUGUGCAGCCACAGUCAUGUUCACGCUGAGCCAGGACCGCCUUAACAUGGACUUGGACAGGAACUCCCUGGAGCUGAUGCUCAACCUGCUGGACACUGAUGCAGAUGCUGCUGAAGAUGUCCCCCCUGUAGACGUGGCCUUCAUCAGCCAGAAUAAGAAGAAAAUCAGAGAGCUUUGCAAUGACAUGCAGAAAAAGGGUCAUGCAAAGCACCUUAAUUUGGAGAACAUUAAUGCUGGUCAUUUGGCCAUGGAAACGCUGCUGAGCCUGACAUCCAAGAGAGCCGGAGAGUGGUUCAAGGAGGAGCUGCGGGAGCUGGGUGGGGUGGAGCACCUGGUGCGCACCAUAACCUCCUGUACUGAGGCGUUCUCACCUGACCUGGAGACCUGGACUCACCCCCUGCUGGAGAAACUGUCCAAGGUUGAUCGCUGCCUCAAGGUUCUAGAAAAUGUAACACAUCAGAACGCUGCCAACCAAGAGUACCUACUUCUGUACCAAGGUGGGAUCUUCCCAGAGAAACUGAUGAGCCUCUACAGAAUGUGUCACGUGGAUGUCCCUCUUUACCCCACCAGUGAGGCCAAGACCCAGAACACUUCUGUUGGUGGCAUGUCCACUGGGCAACUCUUGGUGCAGACUCUGCUCACGACCAUCAAGGUCCUCAUCAACCUCACCCACAGCUCAGGCAAAGAAGCUAUGGGCAGCAAGUUGUUGGGUAAUCAGCAAGACCUGUAUGAUAUCACCCUCUACUGCUUGUUGAUUAUGCCAAAGCACUUGCAAAAUGACAAGAGGUUCGAGCUGAUUAUUCUUGCUUGUUGCUUGCUCCUCAAUUUGGUAGAACACAGCAAGUUCAACCGGACCAUGCUCAGAAAGACCAAAGUUUUUGACGUCAUGGAUGGUGAUAAUGAUGACAUAUUCUCAUGUCCUCGGGAGAAGAAAGGUGCCAUGGAGGCGUUGGUGGAGCUGUUCUAUCGCAGUGAGGAGAGUGCACGCCAGCAGGAGGCUCACACCGAUGACAUUAUUGAUAAUGAUCUGACAGAACAAAGCAAACAGAAAGAUGAAGACAAGAAGGAAGAUGAAAUUGAAGAGACUGUAGCAAAAUUGCUGCAGAAGGCUGGCCACCACAUGGAAGACACCUUAAUAGCAGCAUACACUGCCCUGCUGACUGGCUACUGCAUCAUGGAGGAUGAGGACUGUGAAGCUGAGAUCCGAGCCAUGCUACCUGAUGGAAACUUCAGCUUGAUGGUGACUGUGCUGAAGAAGUUUCUUCGGUUCAUGGAUCUCACAGCCUCUACAAGUCUGCUGAGCUUGAAGCCGACAGAGCGGGUUGUGAAGCACAUGGAGAAGCUGGACCAAGCGCCCGAAGACGAGGCCGAAAUUGAAAGGAAAAAGCAAGAAGCCAAAGAACUUGAACUUGAUGCUUUUGGGUUUUAAGGCCACUAUUGUUACCCUAAGUAAAUCUCUGUGCUCACCAUAAAUUAAUUUAUUUCAAUUGUAUAAAUGAGUUACCCAUUUGUGUAUCAAAUUCAAUAAUAAAUAUUUUAUUUAAAACAGUAGUUUAAGGGUCAUGAUUUUAUUUGCUUAAUUUCAUAAUAACAUUAUUCCUGUAGCAUGUGAUGUUAAAGACCAGAGGAGAACGAAGAUAUAUUGGGAUUAUGCAGCUUUGGUGGCCUCUAGUGUUUCAUAUUUGGACCAGCUCCUCUUUCACCUGGUGUUAUUAUCUGCAGCGCCAAGAGUACAAUUUGCAUUUUCCCCUCGUAUAUUACUGUAGUGUAGGGUAGGUAGUGCAAUACACGCAUCAUCCAUUACUCUGCCCUUCACUCUUCACUGGCCGACCAAAACCAAAGAUAACAGCCCUUGACGACCCUUACGAAUCAUCAGUGGCAGCAUCCUUGUCCCGCAGCAGAGUGUCAGACCAAGAGUGAAGAGACUUAUAGUUGGCAGUGUUACACUAGUGUAUAGUGGAGUAGUGUCUUUUACAUUUUAAAUAUAAAUUCUCGAAGAGACUAUUUUUUUGUCAAGGAAAACUUUUGUGUGUUACUACUGUAAUGGUGACUGUUCCCAGUGACUGAGGAUCACACCCAGUCAUUGACUUGUAAUAAGCACCUCAGUAUCUCACUUCAUUUUACUAAAGCAGGAAGUUGAUGUCUUGGUAAAGGCUAAGGAGUUAAAUAUAAACCCAACCACCCAAUAAAGAGUAGACUUGUGUGGCUGUCAGGCCAGUGACUGGGUGAGCCUCAGAAGAAUGUAAGGAUUUUAUGAGAGUUGUUUUUGCUUUACAAAUGAAUGAUUCUGUACUUCUCUGCAUAUGCAUGAGAGAAGGCUCAUAAGGGGGAGGGGGUGACCAGAAGUACAGAGUUGUCAGGAAAAUUCUACCAGUGACCUGAUUUUUUUUAGUGAAGAGUGUGCAUUCAUGUCCUUAGGGUUAUUUUUGUCCACUAGUGUGAUAGUUGGAGUAUACAAACAUGCAGUUAUCAUUGUUUCAUAUACAUUUCCACAAACCACAUUACCCUGUUUUUCUAUUUGCACCUGAUGUGUAUAUUCAAAUGGGUUCCUAAUGUGAGCCAACUAUUCCUUUAUGUAGUAACUUUCCCAGAGAUCUCAGAAUAUAAAAUUUUAUGUUGAUUAAACUGUGUCUUUGCAUUGCCCUUCAGGAAACAUUGCAAAGUGAAUGGAACCUAAAUCAACGUUGUAUGUGACGACGUAAUUAACACAUUAAAAAAAAGUCACCUGGAUUGCCAAUGCACCACCUUUAUAGUGUUUUGUCAUCAAUGUUUGUAAUAUUUAGUAAAAAAAACUGAAAAAGUCAAGUCAUUAGACCGUAUUCUUAAAUGUAUUGGCUCCUCAGUUUGCCUGUUUGAAAAGCCUCUUGUAGAAAAGUUGCUGGGAUUUUUGUGGACUUUUGUCAAUCCAGUGAUAUUUACCUGACUGAAACAUCUUGAAGAGGAAGAAAUCACCCAGGAAAACCCAAUUAAUCUCUGUCGCCUUGGAAAACAGUCAUAAUGGGAGCCCAAUACGUUUAAGAAUAUGGACCAUUGUAUUGACCAAGUGUCCCAAGCAAGGUCGAUGAGGCAGCAAAGACGGACGGACAGACCCUCACGCAGCGCUGAGGUCACCUGGGGAGCCGAUAUCAGCCUGUGUUCUUUUCCUGUCACUUAAGCCGGAGAUGUGCGUUUGGUCCACUUUUGUAUCCAUAUUGGUGUAAAUACAACAUACACAAAGGAA